AACUAAUCACAAUCAUUUUCUAUUUUGAUUUCAUCAUCUACUAUCUUUUCUCAAUUAAUCAUAAUAUAUCUUUAAGUAUUUUGGUCUACUUUUUAAAUAUCUGUGUCCAUCUAAAAAUGGUUGGUUAGGGACGGAGAAAGUAAAGGAUACAACAGCAAAUUGCACUCCCCAGCACUGCAGGCGCUAUAAGUUGUGAUGAGCACCAAACCAAGAGGUAAGGUUCAACAAGUUCGACCAGUGAGACGAAGAAACUGAAGAUGAGGAAGCAACGGGGAUCUUCUUCUGCUGUCUCCAUUUGGAAGGCGCUCCUGAUUCUCCUGGCUCUCAUCUGCGCCCUGCGCCCAGCUCAAGGAGGGAGAGGUGUGUCCGUGGGAUAUCCAGGUCCUCGUUCCAACAAGGCCAGCAGUUACUCCAGGGGCGGCGUGGGAUGCAGCAGUAUCGACGAGUGCGACGCCCCUCCAGCUCCAGCAGGGAGAGCAGGAGCAGCAGAUGCAAUUGGUAGGAACGGAGCGCUGAAUCCACCACGGUACCCGGUGCCCAGGAUUCCCGGCGAACCUUACACACGCCCGGGACGGGGAUGCACCGUUGCAUACGGAUGCUAUGGAGGUCCUCCAGCUGCCAAACCAUGACGAUCGACACACUACUCUGCUACUGCUACUGCAUGUUCACUUGUUAUUUCGAUCGAUCAAUCUCAUGGCCUGCGUAGCUUAAUUACUCUCUCCAUUUCAAAAUGUUUGACACCGUUGACUUCUUAUAACAAGUUUGACCGUUUAUCUUAUUAAAAAAAUUUAUGAAAUAUGUAAAACUAUAUAUGUACAUAAAAGUAUAUUUAACAAUAAAUCAAAUAAUAUGAAAAAAAAAUAAUUACAUAGAUUUUUGGAAUAAGACGAAUGGUCAAACACGUCCUAAAAAGUCAACGGUGUCAAAUAUUUUAAAACGGAGGGAGUACUACAUAAACAAAUAAAACUAGGCAUCUGAUUAACACAUUAUCUAUCAAUCGAUCGAUCAGUAGACGGGUAUGCAGCAAUCAGCAUCAGCAGCAUAUGCGAUGUGAAUUGUGAUGUAUGCAACGGUGUAUUUUUGCGGUAAAUAAAGUGAAGCGGAUAUCUAUCUA